AUCCCCACAUAUCAAUUUUACCUCUAUCACAUCAUCCACCUCUCCAACCCCCCCCCCCCAAAAAGAAAAAACAAAACACAAAAGCCCCAGCCUCAAUUAUAAGCCCAUCAUAAUUCCCUCAAUCCGAUCCGACCCGAUCCGCGGGCCGCGGCGAUGGGCGGCAGCAGCAAAACCGUCGUCGGCGGCGUCAGCGGCAGCGGCGGCGGCGGCGGCGCCGGCCCGAGCGGAGGGAAGCUGCUGGAGAUUUUGAACGUCCGAGUCGUCGGCUCCGGCGAUCGGAUCGUGGUGUUCUCCCACGGCUUCGGCACCGACCAGUCGGCGUGGAACCGGGUGCUGCCCUACUUCCAGCGCGACUACCGCGUCGUCCUCUACGACCUCAUCUGCGCCGGCAGCGUCAACCCGGACCACUUCGACUUCGGCCGGUACAAGGGCCUCGACGCCUACGUCGAUGACCUCCUCGCCAUCCUCGACGCCCUCCGCAUCGACCGCUGCUUCUUCGUCGGUCACUCCGUCUCCGCCAUGAUCGGCGUCCACGCCGCCAUACGCCGCCCCGACCUCUUCCUCAAGCUUGUCCUCAUCGGCGCCUCCCCCAGGUUCUUGAACGACCGGGACUACCACGGGGGGUUCGAGAGGGGGGAGAUCGAGCGGGUGUUCGCGGCGAUGGAGGCGAACUACAAGGCGUGGGUGAUGGGGUUCGCGCCGCUGGCGGUGGGGGCGGAUGUGCCGGCGGCGGUGCGGGAGUUCAGCCGGACGCUGUUCAACAUGCGGCCCGACAUCUCGCUGUUUGUCUGCCGGACGGUGUUCAACAGCGACCUGCGCCCCGUGCUCGGCCACGUCCGCACCCCCUGCGUCAUCGUGCAGACGGCCAAGGACGUGUCCGUGCCGCUGUCCGUCGCCGCGUACCUCAAGGACCACCUCGGCGGCCGCACCACCGUCGAGCUCCUCCCCAUCGAGGGCCACCUCCCCCACCUCAGCGCCCCCGCCAUCCUCGCCCAGGUUAUCCGCCGUUCCCUUGCCCGCUGACCACACCGCCCCGGUGGGCGGUAAUCGUCAUCGUCGUCGUCAUCGUUGUUGUUUUUCAGAAAAUAAUCUUAUGAGUGGCACUCACUCUUUUUGUUUCCGUAAAAGAUUCGAGCCAGUAGAGUGAUCAACAGCAGAUGCGAUCCCAUAUAUAAAUAUAUAUAUAUACAUAUUUUUUUCGAGAAACUUUUUAAUGUUCUCUUCUGUAUCUUCUGUAUCUUCUGUAUUUUAUAAUACUUUUGUUUUCGCAUUC